AAAUGCUUAAAGUAUGUGCAAUAAAAUGUUCCCUGACAGUGUUUUAGUAUUAAAUAUGAUCCUUUCAGAUAUAGUUUAUUCUUGCAUUAAUCUAAAACUUGCCUUUUGCUGCUAUAGAUGUUUGAGGUUGAGCUGAUUUCAAGUACUUUACUGUAUAUACUGUUGUGUAGUUUAAUCUACACGAGUGCGUCAUGUUGUGCUUAUUGCAUCACCAUCCUGUGAAAAUCACACACCUCUCAAAAAAUCAACUUCUCAUGAGCUCAUAAAAACAGUCUUGUUUUCAGCUUUAUCACAAAGCAUUUCUCAGCUAAUCCUAGAGGGCUUUAAAGUGUUUAUUAUCUUUAUCUUAAGAACCAGGAGAAUUUUCUGAACUCAUAAGCAAUCAUUUCAACAGAUUUUCUUCUGAGAAGUAUUGGAGUAGAAGUAUAAAAUUGCACUAAUAUCAAUGGUACAAGUUCCCUCAAAUUUGUACUUGAGCAAAAUAACUUACAUUCAAGUGGAAUACAGUUCAAAGGUUGGUAAUAUUUUUUUCUUUACAAUACUGGCUGUUUGGGGCAUUUCUACGAUGGAUUUCAAAUUAAAAGUCCUGAAAUGAUUGCUGGAGUGGAGAACAAGUAACUUAAAAGGGUAAUGUGUCAGAAGCCCCCCUCCCACUCAUGAUUCAACCCCACUGGAACCUGAUCUUGGCACUUGGUCAUUUGCAGACCAGUUCAUUCACUUCACUUCCCCCUCUAACAGCACAGACAAGUGUUUUUCAGAUGGACGUGUUGGCUGUUCCCGCAGAUGGGCAUAAAGGAUGGUAUCUUUCCCUAAUGGCACCCAACACAAAAGGACCAACAUUUGCCUGGUUGGACCCAUCUAGACUCUACUGCAACUCCCAGGCUCUUGCAGACUGUGUCAAAGACCUUCUCAACCCAUUCCAAAAUGACAGCAUUGACCUUGUUGCUGGGAUUGAUGCAAUGGGAUUCAUUCUCGGGGCAUCUGUUGCUGCUACUCUUGGUAAAGGUUUUCUGGCCAUUCGCAAAGCAGGACACUUGUGUGUAGCAACACAAAACCAGAACUAUACUGACUACACAGGCAAAGAAAAGACUCUGGAAGUACGAGUGGAUGUGCUAAAACCAGGUGUGAGGGUGUUGAUAGUGGACCAAUGGAUAGAGACCGGGGGUACCAUGAAGGCUGCAGUUCAGCUGGUGGAAAGGCUGGGCGCCACCGUUGUAGGUGUAGCAGCUGUGGCCAUUGAAAACACUGAAGGGGGGAAAUGGAUUAAAGACAAUUACAAGUUCUCUCAUUGUAUCCCCGAGGACCUCCAAAGCCAAAUUGAUCAGAAGUAUCUUGAGUCCUUCAAAAGCUUCAACACCUGAACAAGAAAAUGUCUUUUCCUAAUAGAUUAAAGAAGAAAAAGGGCAAACGUUCUUUUUUUAAAGACUGAGAUGGCCAAAUUAUUUUAUUUGUACACAAAUGUAUUUUUAAACAGUGAAAUAAAAUCAACAUUGUAAUUUUAACAGCAAGUGUUUCCUGUGCUCUAAAAACCUAGGACA